AUGGUCAAUCAGCGACAGCGUCAACGCGAAAAACAUAUCAGUUGCGUGUUAAACAUACUGAACUUUCUAAUAACUCUUCUUCUAUGCGUAUCAUUAUUGUCAUUGAAAUCGAUAUCAUGCAAUGCACAUUUAAUACACAUCGAUCAUAAUGAAUUUCGUUCAAGUGGAUAUCCCAGACCUCAUCUACCGCCACCUCUAACCCACAUACAAGACGAAUUACCCGAACAUUUGCCGGCCAAGGAAUUGACACCCUCGGAAUAUAUGGUGGAUUUAACCAACGAUUUGGCCUAUCGAAUUUUACACUAUCAUUCCAUAUUAAAUCGUAAUAAUUUCGCAUUUUCACCUACAGCCCUAAUGAGUGUUCUUGUUGCCCUUUAUGAAGGAUCUGCGGGUAGAAGUAUGACAGAAUUGAAAAAUGUCUUACAGUUGCCCAGUAAUCAUGAUAUAAUACGUGUAGGAUAUCGUGAUAUUCAUCGUCGCUUAAGAACUUACUUCUUUGACUCUGACAAUCCAUUGAAAGGUUUGAGUUUAAAUAAGGAAAAUGUCACAAUAACUAGAGAUUAUGAAACUAUUCUAAUGUUUUAUGGAUAUGAUUUGGGAAUUGACAUGGUGUCUUCGACAGCAAUGCCAACAACUACAACUCCAGCCACAACUACAAAUACAAUACCGGAGACGACAAAAGCCACAGCUACUUUAGAAACAACUACAGUGGAUACGACUACAAGUAUGACUUUAGAAAUGGAAACUACUACAACUCCUGUGACAACUAUAACCACAACAUCUGGCACAACUAAUUCAGAAACAACUACAGAGACACCCACUACAACGACAACUUCAGAAGUUAUUACAACGACCACCGAUGAAACUGUUACAACAAUGAAACCUGAAGAGAUAACUGAAAUGACUAGUGAGAAAGCGCAAGAAGUAACAACUUCAUCUACUGAGACAUCGACAUCGGCAGCCACUGAAAUUACAACAGUUUCAAUGCAACCAGAAACGGAAACAAAUGAAGCGGCCGAAUUAAUAUCAUCAUUUGUGGCUGAAGAAAAUUCAGAGCCGUUUUUACGCAUACAAAAGGCACGAGUCACCCGGUUGCCCAGUGCCAAAUUGCAAGCACCUUUGACGCCCAAAACUAAGCCACAGAUGAACUAUCUACCUGCCCAGAGAAAAUCCAGCCGUCUAACUAGUCGCAAUAAACGUCAUUUGUUUGGUUUCAAAGAAUUCGAUACUAAUCUAUUCGUUACCCUUUUCAAUGCCGAAUCCCAAUUGCACACUCAUCUGACCACAGGAUCAGCCCUUACUGGAUUACCAACAUACGUUCAAGUAUCCAAUGAUUACGAAGUUGACACAGAUCCAAAUUUCAUAGCCACCUCUCAGACAUCGUCCAACUUAAAACAUACAAAUUAUAAUACCGAUGUUAUCAGUCAUGUCUUCUAUUUGAAUAAUCAACAUGUCAUUUAUACCACAUUUAAAGUGUACAAUGCCGUCCUGUAUUAUAAAUAUUUCGAUCGUCUGCGCCUGAGUGUUUUAGAAUUGGAACUAGAUACACCAGAAUAUAAUUUAAUUAUAUUACUGCCCGAUUACAAUACAGAUUUGGUUGCUGCGGCUUCAUCGUUACGUGCUGGUCCAAAGUUGCGUCUGAUGCGAAAACAAUUAAAACCAAAAUGGGUGCAAGCUAUAAUACCGGACUUUAGGUUGCACGGAACAAUGUUUUUAACAAAUGAUUUGCAAAAUCUGGGUAUUUGUGAUAUUUUUGAACCAAAUCGUGCAGACUUUCGUCCAAUGACAGAUGAAAAAAGCACCUACGUCAAGCACAUCGAACAGUCAAUAAAUGUACAUAUACGUACAAAUCCCAUCAAUCAGUUAAGACGCAACAAUGGAGCACAGACACAACCCAUACAAAUAUCUGUAAAUCAUCCGUUUAUGUUUUUCAUUAUUGAUCGUGAUUUGGAUGUUGCUGUAAUGGCUGGUCGUAUUUUAAAUCCACUUAAUGUACGCGUUCAAUAA